AUGACUUUUGUAAUAAUAAAAAAACCGACCAACAUUCACCAGAGCAGCAAUCUUUCGCUCUACGUGACAAUAGCCAAGACGGACGACAGGGCUACCUGUUGGUUCACAAGAGGGAACCAGCCACCCGCUUAUGCCGACGUCCGCGAGCACCGCCUCUGCGAGGCCGCGGUGGAAGAGGUGGGCCCGGACAGCAUCGCCGGCCACUACAUUGCCCAAGGCCUAGCCAUUCCAUACCCUGGACAAACGGGCACUCCUGGUACUAUAAUAAUCUGGCCCCCCGUUGGUAGACUCCUAGGUUUCAUACUGACUCCGCUGAUAUUUGCUGCAGGAUCCCGGCUCCAUGUCGAUGCCCCGCGACGGCGGGGUGUAAAUGCACACGCCGGCGCCGCCUUCACCUCCAAGAAGCAGCUUCUGGAGGCCCAUGUGGGAUUAUGA